AUGUUUAGCAAGGCUGUCAUUUCUUUCGCUCUCGCGGGCUCCGCGCUCGCCAACGUCUUCAUCACCUCCCCUGUUGCAAGUACCACUUUUACCGCUGGUCAGCAGGCGACUGUCAACUGGCAAGACGAUGGCCUGUCUCCGAACCUCGCUUCUUUCGGUGCUUCUCUCAUUGGUAUCUACACUGGUAACGCCAACCAACAGACAUUACUCCAAACUAUCAGCUCCAGCGUUGACGUGUCGACCACUUCGUCGAUUAAUUUCACCCCCGAUGGGACCAUCGGACCAGACAGCAAUGAAUAUUUUGUUCGCUUUACAUCAAUCAACCUGAAAGAUGCUACGAACUCUCAAUUCCCUGCGGAGGCCUUUUCUGCUAAAUUCACGAUGACUGGCAUGACCGGAACGUUCAACUCUACUGUGCAAGCUGAAAUUAACGGGCAAUCAACAGCACCUAUUGGCGCAACUGCAACCGCAACUGCAACUGGAACUUCCAGUGCUUCUGGAUCUAUGAAAACCAUUUCCACGUCCUCCGUUGUCUCCAUUUCUGGCUCACAAUCAUCCACUUCAACUUCAGCCACUGCUACCAAGACUGGCGCCGCUGGCAAGAUUGGCAUCACUGGUAUUACAUGCUUCGUUGGUGCUGCUGCAUCUCUCCUCGGGGCAAUGCUUUUGUGA